GGGUGGGGCCAUCCCUGUAGAGCCGGUUGGAGCAACAGGUGUAUGCAGUUUACGCACGCUUCUGUCACAGACAGUGGAUCAACGCACAUUUUCUUCACAUUUCGCUCAACCUUUGGGAGUUUGGGAUAUAAAAUAAGGCCUGAAAAUGGCCAACUUUGGAGGACAUGCCAUCCCGGGGUCCUUCUUCUUUCUGUAUGGUGUGUGGCUGACGGUGAAGCACAUCCUCCAUCACUACUGGAGGAUGCAUCAACCCAAGCACAGACAAGGGAUGGCACCUUUUCUGAAGAAGAUGCACUACUUUGAGGGAGGAUUACAAAUAUUUGCUGCUUCUGUUGGUAUACUGGUGGAGCAGUUUGUCCCAGACGGCCCUCAUGCUCAUUUGAUCUCGGGCAGGGAAUGGGUGAAGCUAAUGAACUGGCAGCACAGCACCAUGUACUUGUUCUUUGGUAUUGCAGGGGUCACACUGGUGGCCUCCACUGCCUCCAAACUGGUGCCUGUUGGGGUGGACCGCCUUAUUCUGUCCAUGGCUUUGUUUGUUGAGGGGUUUCUGUUUUAUUACCACGUGAGCAUGCGCCCUCACCUGGAUGCACACAUCCACACUCUGCUGCUAGUGGCUGUGUUUGGGGGAGCAGCUUCCACCAUGCUGGAGGUCUUCAAAAGACACAACAUCAUCCUAGAGCUGCUGGGGGCAGGGUUCUUCAUUCUGCAGGGCACAUGGUUCUACCAGAUUGGUUUUGUCUUGUAUCCGCUGAGCGGGCCCCAGUGGGAGCUGGAGCAACAUGACAACAUCAUGUUUGUCACCAUGUGUUUCUGCUGGCAUUUAGCUGUUGCUGUGCUUCUGGUGACCAGUACUUCCUUUGCGGUGUGGUUCAUGCUGAGGAGAUUGUCCUCAAAUGGACGAGACAUUGAAAUUGGAAUGAGGAACACUUCGUCUGCAUCUAAUUCCCAGAAGUUUUUGCUUGAAGAAUCAGAGGAGGAAUAGGCUCAUUUUACAAUCAUUGUUUGGCUUGAGAAAUUCACUAUUAUAUUUCACUAUUAUUCCUCAAGUUCAAUAGAAAGUCACAAACUAAUACAAUCUAAUAAUGUAUUUAUGAACAUUUUGUACAUGUUGUAAAACUAUUAACGUUAAAAGUGUAUUUUUGAAAAUAAAGGGUAAA